UCACCUGGGCGCCGCGAGAGGGCGCUGCGGCCGGCGCUGCGGGGACGGGACCGGACAGCGGGACGCGGGCGCCGGCAGAGCGGGACCCGGCCACCCGGAGCCCCCUUUCCCUCCGCGAAGACCGGGGCUGCGCCCGCCAAGCCCACGCCGCACCCGUGCGCGCCCAGCCACCCGCUACUUACCCCCGGAGCAGACAGCAUUGAGUUGGCACACCCUCCACAUUGGCAUUUGCUGCACUGAAGCCUGGCUGCUCCCCUGCAUCACUUGCUCUGUUGGGUAUCACAGGCCAACAUGGAUCAGGAAGAGGAGCUGCUAAAAAUCACCAAAAAGCUGGAGAAGAUGGUGGCCAAGAGGAACAUGGAAGGGGCCCUGGACCUUCUGAAGAAGCUGGACAGCUAUCAGAUGUCCAUUCAGCUGCUACAGACAACCAGGAUUGGGGUUGCUGUUAAUGGCAUUCGCAAGCACUGCUCAGAUAAGGAAGUGGUGGCCUUGGCCAAAAUUCUCAUCAAAAACUGGAAGCAGCUGUUAGAUUCCCCGGGAUCUCCCAAAGGAAAAAAAGGAGAAAAAAGAGAAAAAGGAAAGAAGAAGGAGAAAGUGCUUGAUUGUUCAGAUUGGAAGCCAGAAGCAGGCCUUUCUUCACCCAGGAGGAAAGGAAAGGAAGAACCCAAGAACAAGAGAGACUCUGUGAACUCCAAGUCUUCCAUCACCUCCUCUCUAAAAAGGCCAUUGAUGAAAAGAUCAAACAAAGUGAAGACCCCCAGAACACCCAGAAGUCCCUUGAUAUUUGCCCCCUCCAUCUGCCUCCUGUCUCCCUGCUAUCUCACAGGGGACUCUGUCCGGGACAAGUGUGUGGAAAUGCUGUCAGUGGCCCUGAAGGCAGAAGAUGAUUACAAGAACUAUGGAGUCAACUGUGACAAGAUGGCAUCAGAAAUUGAAGAUCAUAUCUACCAGGAGCUCAAGAGCACAGACAUGAAGUACCGGAACCGGGUGCGCAGCCGUAUCAGCAACCUCAAGGACUCCAAGAACCCUGGCCUUAGGCGGAAUGUUCUCAGUGGGGCCAUUUCCACAGAGCUCAUCGCCAAGAUGAUGGCAGAGGAAAUGGCCAGUGACGAGCUGAGGGAGUUGAGGAAUGCCAUGACCCAGGAGGCCAUCCGUGAGCACCAGAUGGCCAAGACCAGUGGCACCAACACCGACCUCCUCCAGUGUGGCAAGUGCAAGAAGAAGAACUGUACCUACAACCAGGUACAAACACUCAGUGCUGAUGAGCCCAUGACUACCUUUGUCCUAUGCAAUGAAUGUGGGCAUCGCUGGAAGUUCUACUGACAGCAGCACCCACCAAGAAGCAGUGAAGGAGAUGAAGAAGAACAAGAAGGAAGCGCUGAACCAGCUGAACUAAAGACAAAAAAUGAAAAUGAAAAAAAAUACUGAUCUCUGAAAGAGGCAGUAGCGAUCAGAGGGAGAAUUCUUUUGCCAAUUAAUAAUCAGUCAUUCACAAUGAUCGGCUAAUAGAAGAGCAUAACUGCAGCACCAGGCUAAGAAUCCAUGUUGACAGACUUCUUGUAGAAAGUCAGAGCAUUAUUGCUGCAGAGUCACAUCUUUGAUAGUGAGCUGCCUGGCCUUUGCUUUGAGGCCCUUCCCUCUAAUCCAAGUCUCUCAGCCUUUUCUGUAUUGAAAAUUACCAGAGAGCUGGGGGUUUAAUUCAGGAGUUGAAUGCUUGCCUACCAUGUGUGAACCCCCAGGUUCAAUUCCCAGCACUGUAAGAAAGAAAGGAAGAAAGAAAGAUCAGAGUUGGGGUAUAACUCAGUAGUAGAGUACAUGCUUAGUAUACUUGAGGCCCUAGUUCAAUUCCUACCACCAAAAAAAGAAAAAGAAAGAAAGAAAAUAAAAAUACCACUGGGCAUGGUGGUGCAUGCCUCUGUGAUCCCAGUACUCUGGGAGCCUGAGGCAGGACAAUUGCAAGUUCAAAUAGACAAUUUAGUGACUUAAUGAGGCCUUGUAUCAAAAUUUUUAAAAAAAAGAAAAGAGGAUAUACUUCAAUGUGAAGACCCUGGGUUCAAUCCACAGUAGCACUAAAAAAAAAAAAAAAGGUAAAACACCAAGCAGGUACAGUGGCUCACAUAUGAAUAUGGUUCCAGCAGCUUGUGGGACUGAAGCUGGAAUGAGGGGGAGAUUAGAGCACGACAGAGUGGCUGGAAAAUUGGGUAUGACCUAUCAGUCAUGGAAACCUGUCAGUCACAGCCAGGAUGCAUGUGCAGAGCAGCUUUGCAGUCCUGUGUGGGACACCUUGGAUCUGAUGUCAGAAGAAGGAUAUAAAAAACAUUGACCAUUGACCUCAUGGCCACUGUCUUGUUUUUGCAGUGGCCUCCUCUGCAUGCAGGGCAUGUUUUCACUCUUUAGAGUACUUUUUUCUUUUUGGAGCACUUUUUUUUCACUUAUUUUUCUUCUUUUACCUUUAAUAAAUGUUAAACUUUUGCAUUCUUCAGUUGUCCAUCCAAUUCUUUGACCAGGACAAGAGACUGGAAAGGACCACUGGGCACCCCACCAACUGCUAACAGGAGGAUCACCUGAGCCCACGAAUUUGAGACAACCUGGUCAUAUUGCAAGACUGUGUCUUUUAAAGAAGAGAAAGAAAAACAGAUAAAUACAACUCUCCUCCUACCCCUGAGCCACACAUGCAGAACAGACAUACUGUUUGUCUUAGCCAGAUAUGACUUCCACACUAGGUAGAGCUCUCCCUUACUCCUUCCUUAUCUCUUUGCAAACUCUAUACCACUCCCUGUUCAUAGCUGUCUGCAGGAGCCCUUCGAGAGUGGGGCCCUCGGGGAAGGCAGCCCUCUGGAGCAUGGGCCCUUUCAGUGAGGGUUACAGCAGUGCCCUGAUUUCCAUGGCCUCUUGGAUGAUCCUGAGCCCUGGAAGCUGCCCAGGCUCCAGCAGCCUGUCCCCGCUUCCAGCUCCAUCUGUGGCUGGAGCUUCAGAGGAGGUCUGCAGAGCAUGCUGGUCUCUGAUGAUAUCAGCUUGCUUUUUAUGCUGAGAAGGACUUUGGGCAAAGCUGGACAUUUCUGGAAAAGCCUUGGGAGCAUCUUUAGUGAGCUGUUGAUGGUUUCAGUCUCUGGUUGUCCCUUGCCUUCCAGCAGCCUGAGGCCAAGCAUAUUGGACUCUGUAUUAUCUAAAAUGCUGACAUGAAGAAGCCUGUGAAUUCCUAGGAGCUUGGGCAAGUCACUGAGCCAUUGCCUUCUCUGUAAAAAUGGGAGCAGAACCACCACUACUUCCUAGGGUGACUGUGCAGAGGCUGCUGUGUUUCCAUCUGCCUUGGUUCACUCUUGGGGCUGAUCGCUUGGGGUGACAACAUCCCCUCUGGACCUGGUUAAAUCUCCUCCCUUCCAUCACAUACCUCCUCCUGAAGAGGAAGCCAUAAAAAGACUCUAUGGAUGCCACCACCAUCUUUAGCUGUUGAGCAGGUAAAGUGGAAGGGCCCUGUGGAAAGGUUGGGGAGUCUCUCACCUGCAGCUCCUAAAAUCUGAACAGGACUGAAAACCAGGGCUUCUACUUCUUGUCAUGGUGCCUGACAACACUGGGAGAGAGCCAGAGCCAUACAUACUGCCCAGUCCCUGCCUUCCAGGGAUUUCCAACCUGACAUGGAGAGAAACAACAGGCACAGCAUAGAAUCCCACACAAGGCAGGUUGAGAUGUGCAUGUUCCUGCAGAGGGAAGCUGCUUAGAAACCCAGAUGCCCUUCACCUUUAAUGUGGGAGAACCUCUGAGGAGGGUGCUAAAGUGCAGAUUCUGACUCAGUGGGCCCAUGCUGGGGCUGACAUUUUCCUUUCUAGCAAGUUACCAGGUAACACCAAUGCUGCAGGUGGCCGAAAGACCAUAAUCUGAGAAGGAACAGGUUCGAUAUCUAGAUUUUUCACUGAAUUAUCUAAUCUGUCAUCUAAAUGGUUCCACAAAAAAAAAAAAAGAGCAAAACAGUAACCAUAAUCAAUUUAAUCAUGUUAAUCAAGGUUACUUUGGGAUGAACUUUUUUAAAAAAGACAUUACAUUCUACUAAGGGCUGUUUGCAGAAAAAUAAUACAGAAUAUUGGCUGGAUGUAAUGCUGCUUUGGUUUGGGAACCUAUUGAUACGGAAAUUGAUGCACAGAUUGAAUCCUGUUAAAGGGAUGUUGGGGCUCAGAAAGUGAUACCCCCAAAUAUGCUGCUUUAGACUGAGAGAAUCUUUUCCUUACCUGCCUAGAGACAAGAUCGACCAAAGAGAACACAAGUGCCUUCAAAUAUUCUUACUGAAAUGUCAUUAUCCAGAGAAGAUUAAACGCAUAGCACAGAGGAAGGGACUGAAAAUCAGACACCAAACCCAGAGCCCAGAAAACCUUCCCCAGGCAAUUGUGUGUUCUUCAGGACUACUCAUUCCCCCUAGAAAUCAUUUGCCACCCCUCUAAAAUUGCCCCAAAAGAGUAAAGCUUCAAUCAUUUGGCCCUUCUUUGAGUUUUCAUAUUUUAUACGGCUCCUGUGCACAUAGCAGAUUAAUAAAGUGUGUUUGGGUUUUCUACUGUUAAACUCUGUUAAUGGUUUUGCCUCCACCCUCAUGACUUCAUCUAGUCCUAAUCUCAAAAUGCCAUUGAAAUAUGAGUUUCAAGUUAAAUUUCCAAUACAGGAACUUGUAGCACAUACAUUUAAACCAUAGCAGAGAUUACAUCCUUUCAUAGGUUGUAACAAGCAGGGCACUAAAUACAGGUAAACACUAUUACAACCCAACUCAUGCUAUUACAUUUUUAUUUUAUUUUGGACUCCCCCCGCAAGAACUGUAGAAAAGUGAAACAUGUAAAAGACCUGGAGCUAAGCAAAGUAGCACCCACCUGUAAUCCCAGCACCCUGGGAGCCUAAAGCAAGAGGAUCACAAAUUCAAGCUCUGCCUCUAGCAAUUUAGCCAGACUCUGUCCCAAUAGAGAAAAUUUAAAAAGACUAGAGGCCAGUGUGGAGGCCUUGGAUUUAAUCCCCAGUAUAGCCAAAAAGAGAAAACACUUGGACACACAGAAAUGCAAUUAUGGAAGCAGUCUAGGCUAGACUAUGCUUUGUUGUCAAAUUACCCUAGAAAGAAAGAAAGAAAGUGAGAGAAAGAGGGAGAAAGAAAAAAGAAGGGAAGGGAAAAAGAAAAGAGAGAUGAAGAAAGGAAGGAGAAAAGGAAGGGGAAAAAAAGAAAGACAAGUAGACUUAAUUUGCCUGUGAUACUUGUUAAUCUAAAGCCAGCAGGAAGCUCUGCUCUGCUGUCCUCAGAGACACAGGUUUCUGCCUCCACCAUGUGCAACACAGGAAAGAAAAUAUGGUAGAUCGCACUCUUGAAGACUUUCACCAAGAGAUAACACAUGACGCUUCUACUCAUAUUCUUCUGACCAAAGUAGGCCACAUGGCCAUGCACAAGUUUAAAGGGAAGUGCUCCGGACCCUCUCCGUGUGCCUGAGAAGUGAAUGAAAUGACAGAUGAACCUCCCCAUGACCACAAAAGGUAUUGAAAGAGUUAUAUCAGUUGAAGGAAAGGUAGCUUAGGCCAGGCAAUUCAAUAAAGAAUCUAGACCCCGCCAGACACUUGAGACUGCUAUGUACAGAUUGCAUAGAAUAGCGGAAAAUUUUUUUAAACUACAUUAUCUCUGUAUCUCUUCAACUCAACUUCUUUAUGGGAAAACACAAAAGGGUCAAUAUUGUUAGAAUUUUAUAUCCUGAUGCAAAGUUGGGGUUAUUUUAUAUCCUAGCAUUGUAUUAUUUGGGCUAGGUUCAUACUUAGGCAGGCAGACUUAGUUGGGCACUGAAGUAGAUUUAUUUUAUUGAUGAUCUCUCAACCUGUUGUAGAAUGUAACUCUGAGUAUAACAAUUAAGGCUCGUCUUGAUCCAGCUUAGAGGCCUGGGGAGCCACAUCUAAGAGGCAUUCUUAAAGGCUUUGGAGCAGGCUCAAAUGCCCCCCACCCUUACUGAUUAUUCAGGUAGAAAGGAGGGGGAAGCACAGAAAGGAUCAGGAUGGUUAUUGUGUGAAGGGAUCAGGAUUAAAUUCUCUCAGGCCCAAAAGGCAUAGCGCCUGGGGCUCAGAAUACUUUUAGGAGCUCAUGACACUUUUAUAUUCUUUGAAAUUGGCAGUGGCGGAGGGGGGACUUAAACAUUGAGGAAAAUUUUCAAAUAUAUUAAUAUUUUUCCUUUUAUACUAAACCAUUAGAAAGAUAUAUUUUUUUUUUAAUAGAGGAAAGAAUACAUAAAGGCAAAGCCCAUGAGAGUCCUAAUGGAGCCCUAGAAGAGGCACCCAGGAUUCUCUUCUAACCCUUCCUCUGGAGAGUAACAGAUAAUAGUACCCUGUCACCAAAUGCACUACAGUUAAGCCAAGAACAGAAAUGAGGAAACACUGCCUCUAGGGUAAGUUAGGGCUUCCCCUGCUUCCCACCCAGGGUGCACCAUGUGGAAGGCUGCUGAUAAGGAUGGUCAAGUCCUACAGAAUGAUCUGGGGAUAAAGUGCUCGAGUCCCUGGAUGGUAGGGUAUGAUGAGAAAAGGAUUACAGACAGAAGCAGGAGGUCCUCUUGGAUGCUGUUCUUCUAUUGUAUCUGUCACAUGUCAAGCCUAGAGUUGUUUCCAAGAGUCCUACUGUAACCCUCUAGGAAGCAGGGUUAAGUGAGCCAAUGAGUUCUACCCCAGACUUCAGCAGCAGCUGUUACCUCUCUGGAUGACUCAUUCUUGGAGUGCUUCUGCCCUUAGCCUAGACUUUCCUCACCAUUCUGAUUUGGACCAUGCGAGGUGCUUCCUGCAAGAAUAUUCCUGGUGGCCCUUUCCACAUGCGCCCUUAGAGCAUAGACCUGUGCAAUGCCAUCUGGUAAGCCAAUGCUUGAAAUGUGACUAUUCUAAACUAAGAUGUGCCAUAAGACUAAAAUGCAUACCAUAUUUCAAGCCUUUCAUACAUUAAAAAGAUAUAUAAACUAUCUCAAUAAUAUAUUGAACAAUUUAGACAUGUUAGAUUAAACCAAAUACAUUAAAAUUAUUUUCACCUUUUUUUUCCUUUUAAUGUGACUGCAGGAAAGGUUUUUAUUCUUUUGUUUUUUAAUCAUUUUAAUCCUUAUUUACACUUUCAGCUAGGAGAGCUUUUUAAAUGGUAUAUAUAUGACUCACAUCUGUGGCUCACAUUUUAUUUCUGUUAGACAGCACUGCUGUAGACUUCAUGCCAUACCUAAAGGGACCCUUGAAGAAUCACAAUUAUGUCACUCAUCUGCUCAAAACUCUCUAAUGGUUUUGUAUUUCAAUCAGAGACAAAUAAAAGAUCGUACUGUGGCCCUUCAGGGUGCAGAUGCUGCUGCUACUCUCCUAUCACUCUCACCCUUGCCUCUUCAUUCAGAAGAGGUUGAGGUUUGAUAGUUGGGGGGAUGUGCCAACUGUGCUCCCACCACAGGGCCUUUGCAUAUUUUUCCAGUCCUCUGCUCAGACUUCCUUUCCCUACUUCAGGUCUCUAUUCAUUUGUUACCUUCCUAUUUAAAGUAGGACACACACACACUCACACACACACACAUACACACAUCUAAUCCCCUGUCCCUCCUGUCCCUUCUUACUCCGCUUUAGGUUCUUCAUAGUGCUUACUACAUGCUGUCCCUUUUUUCAUUCUUUUUCUGUCUCUUGAUUAGAACAAAAGCUUCAUAAGGGCAAGGAUUGUGUCCAGGCAGCGCUGGAUAUCCUAGCACUGAGUUCCUAGAACAAUGCCUGGCACUUAGUGGACAGUCAGUGGAUACUCAGUGACUGUUGAAUGCAUGAAGGAUCGAGUGGUAAAUGAGGGUGGAUGGAGGGGAGCGCCCAGACUGCCCUCGGGCCUUUCUUCCAGCCUGGGCAGAAGUGUGCUGUCCACUACAACACCAGAUUUCCAUGUUGCAGUUUGAAGGAAAAGCAUAAGAGAUGUGGAGUUCUUUUGCCUGGCUGUGUUUUCUGUAGAAACUCCAUGAGGUGGCUAUGGCAGGACACAACUAGGAAUGUGUGGCACCAUCCAAAUACCAUCAACUCUGCGCAGGUCACAGAGAUCUUCCUUUCUUCUUCUUUGCACUCUGUUUUUUUCUUUAGCACAACCAAAACAGAAGAUAGUCUUUGAAAACUUUUAGGUAAAAUCACAAGAAAGCUGAGGAAUACAAAUAGCAUAAAACCAAUUACUGUAGCACUUGGGCUAUGAUCCUACAAUAGCUAGAGUCAAGUCACGGCCUGAUUACAUUUUGAAGAGCAAUGCCAGGGUUCCUCUGCCUUUAGCUUUCAUCUGUCUCCAGGUCACGUAGGCUCAGAAUUUAUCUCAUUUCCUACUCCCUUGUGGACUCUUGAACACUCACCUCUGUUCAAGGAGAAACUAACUUUUCAUAUUACAAACCCUUGCUUUCCAGAGACCUUUUGUUCAUGGUUUAUGAUCAAAUACUCUUAAGUACAGUUAAUCCCCUUUGUGCCCAAUCAGUCCCCUUUCUUUGACCCAUCCAGCUUCCAGAUUCAUCUCUGCAGGCACCACCUUUCCCCCGUCUGACUCAGCCAGCCCCUCUGACAAGUUUUAGCAGCUUUCUCUUGAUUAACAGGGAGAGUGAGUGUGAAGGCUGAAGGCCACAUGGAUAGAAGGACCUCUUGAGAUUGCACUCAUCAUCUGACAGCAGCCUCUAGAUCCCUCUGGGACCUUCCAAGAGAUGGGUUAAUGUCUGCUGUGUGUGAAAUCGGGCAUGAGAACUGUCCCACCCAAACUCCUCAAGCCUCACCCGAUCCCAUUUCCAUCAAGUGCCCAGCACCAGUUUUUAAUCUCUGCCUCAAAUGGAAAAAAAUGUUGGUGCAUUCUCCAGGAUUUAGAGUUGGUGGUUUAAGUUCUACCUAAAGAAAGAGAAGCAAUUACUUAAGGGGACUUUGUUCUCUCUGCCUUGUACUCACCCACUGCCUGCCCCUCCUCUUCACUUUCCUUCCCUUUCAGAUCAAGCAAAGGCUUCUAUAUUUAAACUUGCUCCACCACUUGCCUGGUGAUCUUCAGGGAAAUUAGUUAAUCCAGCAGGGUCUUACUCUCGUGUGUAGAAUGGAGAUGAUAUUGAAAGGGACUUAGCUCACAGGGCCCUUAGGAGGUUAUUCGAGAAAACACACAGGAUGUCUAGCAGUGUGCCCAGGUGCUGUACAAACGGCAGUCCCCUUUCCCCAGAUCUGUAGGCUUUAUUCUGUCUGCCCAGAAUGUCUCUGUGGCACCACUCCUGCCCAUUUUGCAGCAAUCCAGGGGUCCUGGGGUGAGGCUUCGGAGCCUCACCACCAGCAUGGGCAGGUAAUCUUACACAAUAAGAUCAGGGGGUAUCGCUGUGUCAGUCCCACUUAAUCUUCUCUUCCAGGCUGUUAUAGUAAUGUCACCCUGAAGUUCCAAGUUCAUUUUGUCCCCCUGAGAAGGAAGCCAACUCAGAGCAUAGCUUGAUUGAGAGGUGAACAGAAAAAGACAAGUCCUGAGCCCCUGGAUAUGACAGGGCCAAAACUAGAUGGACUCUGAAACUUCCAAGUUAUAUGAAUCAAUAAAUUCCCUUUUUUGGUA